AUGGGCGGCGGUUCUCAUCCCAGCAUGGCUCCAGCCUCUACCUAUCCCAGACUGGCCUCGAAGCCCGUGGGAAAGCAAAUCCACAAGAUCUACACCGACAGACUGAGGCAGUUCACAGACAACGGCCAGUACAGAAACCAAGGCUUGCUACCUAAGAUCGAACCCAAGCGUGCCUCGGGCCAUCCUCACAUCAAGCUCGAAGUCUACUCUCCGCCGGACCUUUCUCGUCCCACUUUCAAGGACGCAACUUCACACGAAUUCUCCCAUGCCGAGGUCGGUCAGUCCUAUGGCCCGAGCUGGUCCACACACUGGUUCCGCGUUCGCCUUACCGUCCCAUCGUCUCUCGUCGACGAGGAGCAUCUAGAGCUUCAUUGGGACGGAAACAACGAGGGCCUCAUUUGGAAUGAAAAGGGUGAACCUCUACAAGGUCUCACCGGAGGAGGUGAGCGUAUCGAGUGGAUCCUCCCCAAGUCAUUCCGCGAUGGCAAGGAGCACAUCUUCUACGUCGAAAUGGCCUGCAACGGCAUGUUCGGAAACGCUCCUGGAGGUGACAGCAUCCAGCCACCACGCCCAGACAGGUACUUCCAACUUCAGAAAGCAGAUAUCGUAGCCAUCAAUCUGGAAGCAAGAGCUCUGUACAUUGACUUCUGGAUCAUUGGAGAUGCUGCCAGAGAGUUUCCAGAAGACUCCUGGGAGGAGCAUCAAGCCCUCCAGAUCUGCAACUCCAUCAUGGAUACCUUCAUUGCAGGUAACGGAAGCAACGACUCUAUCGCAGAAUGCAGGAAGAUCGCGAAGAGGUAUAUUGGAGAUGUCGAUUCCUCCAAAGUCUACGACUCGGACGAGCCUGCUUUGAUCACUGCUAUUGGCAACUGCCAUAUCGACACGUGCUGGCUUUGGCCCUGGGCAGAAACCAAACGAAAGGUCGCCCGUUCAUGGUCCAACCAAUGCAAUCUGUUGGAGCAAUACCCUGAGCACCGUUUCGUCGCAUCUCAAGCCCAGCAGUUCAAGUGGCUGGAGCAGCUGUAUCCCUCUGUUUUCGACCGUGUCAAGAGCAAAGUCAAGGAGGGUACCUUCCAGCCGAUAGGUGGAUCCUGGGUCGAGCAUGACACCAACAUGCCUAGCGGAGAGUCAUUAGUUCGUCAGUUCAUUUAUGGCCAACGUUUCUUCGAGAGCCGAUUUGGUGAGAGAUGCACUACUUUCUGGCUUCCUGACACCUUCGGCUACUCGACUCAGCUACCUCAGAUUUGCCGACUGGCUGGCAUGACGAGAUUCUUUACUCAAAAACUCAGCUGGAACAACAUCAACAACUUCCCUCAUUCUACCUUCAACUGGGUCGCACUCGAUGGCAGUCAGGUCGUCUGCCAUAUGACACCUGCCGAGACAUACACCGCCGAGGCGAACUUCGGCGAUGUAAGACGCAGUAUCACACAACAUAAGUCCAUGGAUCAAGACCCGACCUCGCUUCUUGCAUUUGGCAAAGGAGAUGGAGGUGGUGGCCCAACCUGGCAACACAUCGAGAAGCUUCGAAGAUGCCGUGGUAUGAGCGACAAGGUUGGCCUUCUGCCUCGUGUCAAGAUGGGCGACUCUGUUGAUGACUUCUUCGCUCGUCUGGAGAAGAGAGUCGAAGAAGGACUCGAACUUGUGACUUGGUAUGGUGAACUCUACUUUGAGCUUCACAGAGGCACAUACACCACUCAGGCCAACAACAAGUGGAACAACCGCAAGUCGGAGAUCAUGCUUCACGACAUCGAGUAUCUUGCGACAUUGGCCAGCAUUCAGGAUGUAGUCACGAAGGAUAGCAAGAAGUACAAGUACCCGAAAGAAGAUAUCGACGACAUGUGGGAGAAUGUUCUUCUGUGCCAGUUCCACGACUGUUUGCCUGGAAGUUGCAUCGAAAUGUGUUACGAUGAUUCUGAUGAGCUCUAUGCAAAGGUUUUCAAGACUGGUAAGAAGGUCUUGAACGAAGCUCUGCAUGCUCUUGGAUUUGACGAAAAAUUAUCUUAUGACAAUGAGCUUGUCGCACUGAACACUCUUGGAUGGAACCGCAACGAAUUGAGCUCCCUGCCGUCUCCUGACCAGACAAGCCGCUACGGACUACUACAAGGCGAGACUGGUAUCAACUCUGUUACGGAGGUGAAUCAAACGUCUGCUCCGGUGGAGAUCAAAGACAUGGGCAAGGAUGUCUUCCACCUCAUAAAUGGCCAGUACUUUAUCGAGAUCUCCAAGGGUGUCAUCACUCGUCUAUACGACAAACAAGCCCACCGUGAGGUCGUUCCAAAGGGCCAGAAGGCGAAUCAGUUGGUCAUCUUUGACGACAAGCCACUCUACUGGCAAGCAUGGGAUGUCGAAGUCUUCCAUCUCAACUCGAGAAAGGAGCUCCACGCAACAAGCUCGUCAAUCAUCAGCGAGAAUGGCCCACACCGUGUCGCAGUCCAGACGACAACAAAGAUAUCUGAGAAGUCAUCUAUCACAACGACGACUUCACUUUCAUUCACUCCGGAAGGCGGUCACUCGUACAUCGAGACUGAGGCAGAAGUUGACUGGCAUGAGGACAUGAAGUUCUUGAAGGUCGAGUUCCCGACCACAAUCACCAACACCGAGGCUUCCUACGAGACUCAAUACGGUAUUGUCAGACGCCCAACGCAUUACAAUACAACAUGGGAUAUGGCCAAAUUCGAAGUCUGCUGCCACAAAUGGGCCGAUCUCUCCGAGAACGGAUUCGGCGUCAGCAUCCUCAACGACUCAAAGUAUGGUUUCGCGACCUGCGGCAGCCUCAUGCGUCUCUCUCUGCUACGCGCACCCAAAGCUCCCGAUGCGCACGCCGACAUGGGUAAGCACAAGAUCCGUUGGGCAAUUCUCCCUCACAAGGGUCCUCUUGACCAUCGCACCAUUCGCGCUGGCUUCGAAUUCAACAAUCCUAUGGCAGUGCAUUCUCAUCCCAAGGCCUCAGAUAUCAAGGGCUUGAUGACAUCGUUCAAGUUGUCCAAGGAUAGUGAUGAGGGCUUGGUCCUUGAUACCAUCAAGCGUGGCGAGGACGAUGAGGAUGUCAGCCGUGGCGAUCUUCCCAAGCGUAAAGACAGAAAUGUCAUUGUUCGCGUCUACGACAGUUUGGGAGGAAGGUGCCGUGGUUCUAUUGAGGUCGGUCAAGUGCCGAUUGCGAAGGUGUGGAAGUGCAAUGUCUUGGAAGAUGACAUUGAAGAGAUUCAGCUCACCAAGGGCGCCUUUGACAUUGAGUUGAGGGCGUUCGAAGUUGCCACUUACAGACUGCAGUUGGAGUGA